CUCCUCGACGAAGUCUAUUACGCAUCCGGCUCUCCACCCCCGACUUGCCAUUGAUACAACGUCGAUUGACUGGACUACACUUCCGGAGACGAUUGGAUUUGGUCAUUGUCAGAGUCCAAACCUCAUCACCGGGCAAUUCCAACUACUUGACACCGCUGCGCAUCCCUGCAACAACACCGUCCUCUCAACUAUCGCGCUCUUUGCAGCUCGAUUCCCUCGAGCCUCUUUUCCCGGCAGCGAUGCCCUACCGCCUGGAUACUCAUGUGUUAACGGUGGAUGCGAACGUCAUCCACAAAGUCGAUACCGGCAAUCCCGCCAACUUGUAUUCCAUGUGGACAGUCUUCUCUCGCUGUGCAGAUUCAGUUGAACAAGGCCGCAGAUUAGAGAACCUGAGCUGGAGACUCUGGCAACGAGAACAGCUCAUCGACUACGCUCACAGAUCCUCAAUAGCCCGGACGGCCCCCAAGGAUAUUCCUUCCGAGGCCCGACUCCCCGAGCUUCCUCAGCUCUCUGGCAGCGUCGACUCCCUCGCAGACGAGGACACUCCUGAAUUCACUUCAGUCUCAGCUCCCCUGGAGAUCCGCCCCAGGAUACGACGGGUCGAGUCCUGUGCCAGCAGACGUGACCGCCACAUCAGCUCCGACGACUUUGAGAAGAUGGUCGUCUCCAUUGUCAAGGACAAGGCUCCCCUUUCUGCCCCAUCAAACACCACCUCCCCCAUCAUCGCUAUCACCCGCUCUGGAUCUACCACCACCGAAUCACGCUCCUCUGAACAGCCCUCCGAGGUAUCAUUAGCAUCUGUCGAGAUGUCUUCCGCCGCCUCCCCCAAGCACCUUGCUGGCAUCCCCGUCUUCAACGCACCCCCCAUGGAUGACAGCUUCCCCGAGCCAAGCUCGUCACCAGCUCACAAGCCCGUCCAGUCCAAGAGACAACCCCCCAAGUUCGCCCUGGGAGGAUCCGUCUCUUCAAGCGACUGCGGACAGAGCGUCGAUGCCCACAAGUCCAUCAUGACUUCCAAGAAGCCCAUGUUCAAGCUUGGUGGUUCAUCAGAGGAGGAUAGCUCCCUGGCCAGCAGCCGCAACCUGCCAUCUGCGUCCAAGCAGACCUCCUUCAGCAACAACAUCACUCACUACCCCGAUGCCGAGUCCGCUAUUGACUCCGACACUGAGGGCGAGUACAUUGAUGAGAGUGCCAUUGACGACGACGACGAUUCCUCUGACUGGGAGGACUCCAUCGACGAGAGCGGAAAGCCCAGCGUUGAUGAGAAGUUCUUCCAGCGUGUCGAGUCCAAGGCCAACCUGGCUUCACGACCAUCGCUCAUCACUCUGAUGAUGGCCAAUGACCGUGCCCAGAGCCUGGGCAACCACGCAUCUCAGUCUACUUCGGCUCUCACCAGAUCACGAUCCGCCUUUGCUGGAUCUUCCCUGGCUGUCUCCCCCAACGACUCUGACGAAAGCCCUCUUAUGAUGAAGGGCGCUCGCCAGACAGCGCUGAAGCCCAUCAACGAGAUUCCUCGAUCCAGUGCUCAGCCCAUCGUUGCUACCACCAACCAUGUACAUGCUCAGGCUGCUCUCUCUCCCCGAACCACCCGCCGCAACAUGCUCGCUACUGAGCUUACCGAGUCUCUUCGACGCCACCUCCUCUGGGAGCGACAGCAGAAGUCUUCUACUGCCAACGCUGUUCUCAAGCGCAGACACACAUCUCACGAUGUUGCCAACCUGAAGCAGUACCCUGAGCGAGCGUGCUUGAAGCAGUGCGAGGAUGUCAACGCUAGUAGCUGGAACCAGUACCUCACCAAGGAGGCCAACAACGGAUACCACUCCAAGGGGUGGUAGGUGACAGAUCAGCGACUUGAUUUAGUUGGCAGGGCAUAUAAUCCAUCACACACACACAAUGCCUUGACCGUGUACAUCAAUCAUUAUGGCGUUUGGGGGUUUUGAUUCACAUCAUCAUGGCAGCAAACUCUUGGCUGCACAGGCGAAACGGAACUACUUCAUGAAUGAAGCGACAUACUUUUACAUAUAUUCUCUUUCUCUUAUUCUUUUCUUGUUAUAUCUUGGUCUCAUAAUGUCUAGUUGGGACAACAAAAAACUCAUUCGCACUUUACGUGGCGUUGCUUUUCAAUGAUACCAUGGUCUUGAGCUAUUCGGAUCGAUAUUGGAUGAGCUCUGAUGACGCUCAUGGAUUUGUUUCUACUUUUGCAGCCCUUGUCCAUUGGGAAGCUGGGUUAUGCAUCAAGUUGUAUUUUAGUGGGGGUUGGGAAUAUGCGUUUCCAGGGGCGACCUUGGGCGAGGAAAAUUUUUUUCUUUCAUCACUUUUCUUUUUCUCAGCGAAAGACGAUUAGCGGGGACAACAGAAUCCCAUGCACGGAUCUACAGAAGACUAAAAAAAAAAAAA